GGGGGGAGAAGCACCCGCCCCUUCCAGCCAGGUCUGGGGCAGCCCCUGCUCAGGCAGGGCCAGUGCUGCUGGCUGGCUGCUGUCAGCCUCCGAGCUGCGCUGGGGGCAGGACGGGAUCUCUGGGCGGUUCUGUGGCGGAAGGCUGGAGGGCAGGGUGCUAGGCCCUCCCACUACCCUCCGGCUGGGGGGAAGGGGUGGAGCAGCAGCUUCAGGCUGCAGCCAGCUGCCAGCAGGAAGGAACCACCCUGCUACUGCUUCCCUCUCCAGCCUGUGGCGGGUCCUGCUGCCCCCGGGGUGCAGCGCAGUGCCAGGAUGGCUGUUCCAGCGCCUGCGGGGCAGGGGGCCUGCAAUGCUUCCUUCAGCGCCUUCCAGGAGCACCUGUGGCCAGUGCUGACGGUGGAGUUCGUCCUGGCCUUCGCCGGCAACGCCUUCGCCAUCUACCGCUUCGUGGCGCAUGAGCGCCCCUGGCACACGGGCAUCGUGUACUCCUUCAACCUGGCCGUCAGCGACCUGCUCUACGCCCUCUCCCUGCCCUUCCUGGCUGCCUACUACUACCCGCCCAAGCACUGGCGCUACGGCCCGGCCCUCUGCAAGCUCGAGCGCUUCCUCUUCAGCUGCAACCUGUACGGCAGCAUCUUCUUCCUCACCUGCAUCAGCCUGAACCGCUACCUGGGCAUCGUGCACCCGCUGCUGGUGCACGGGCGGCUGGAGCCGCGCCACGCCAAGCUGCUGAGCGGCGCCGCCUGGCUGCUGGUGGCCGGCCUCUCCGCCCCCACCCUGCACUUCUCGGAGCUGCAGCCCCGGGGGAACUGCACCGAGUGCCUGGGCAGCGCCACGGACGAGCAGCUGCCCCGGUACCUGCCCUACAGCCUCUUGCUGGCGGCCGUGGGCUGCGGGCUGCCCUUCCUGCUGACGCUGCUCUCCUACGCCGCCAUCCUGCGCACCGUCUGCCGCAGCCCCCACAUCACGCCGCUGGAGAAGCGCAAGGUGGGGAGGCUGGUGAGCGUGGGGGUGGCCCUGUACGCUGUCUCCUACCUGCCCUACCACACCCUGCGCAACCUCAACCUGCACCUGCGCCAGCGGGGGCUGCAGGACGGGGCCCUGACCUGCCGGCACGCGCUGCCCGUCCACUCCGCCUACCAGCUCAGCAAGAUCCUGGUCACCCUCAACAUCUGCGCCCACCCGCUGCUCUACGGCGCCCUGGCCGACAGCAUGCGGGGCUGGUGCCGGGGCCCCCGCGGGCAGGACAGGGGCCAGCCCGCCGAGAACAUGGCGCUCCAGGCCCGGGGCUGACACCGGGGCUGGAACCAGCCUCCCCCCACCCCCCUUGUGCUGCCGGCACCCCCCCCCCCCCCGCAGCCCGGGCCAGACCACGCAGGGGGUAACAGCAGCUGCUCCGGCUGCCUGACCCAACCUGCCCCAAACUCUGAGGGGGCAGCUCCUCCCUCCCCCCCAGAAAGGGCUGCUUGUGAGACACCCCCGUUACCGCAGCGGGGGCUGGGCUCCUGCGAGAUCAGCCAUUAAAGCAGAGUCUG